CAGCUUAUUUGUUGCACCGUCUACGUGAUACGACUUCGGGAAUAUUUGGUCUUGAAAUAUAAGCUGGAAAUUCCCAUUCUUGAGAUCAUUGCGCAGCAGUGGUGAUUGUACUUGAACAUGCAAUAAUCGGUGGCUCAUUGGGUGUUGGAAGAAGAGGGCCACCAGAAGCUGCCUAUGAUUGUUCUUCCGGCGAGCUGCAUGUAUCGUUGAAAGCUGCUCAUAAGCCAAAUGCACUGUGCACAUUCGUUAACACGAAGUGGACUAGAAACUUCACGAAUUACCAAGAACCAAUGCAGGGAUUGUCUCGAUUCAAAAAUGGACCCUUCAGAGCUUUUUGAGAGGGCUCUUCUAGUGCAGAACCUGAGGUCUGUUGAGGAAUUUCGUCGGUUGUCGGAGGACCAACAGCGAGACAAACUGAUCAUUCACUUCCAAAAUAGGGGAAUAAACCAUGGCGGAGAUAUCAAGGAUGUGAUUUACCCUCUGAACUCCGCAAAGAACAGCGCUAUCGUGAUUUUUGAAGAAGCAAAAGAUCGAGAGUCUGCAGUUCAGCACAAGCAUGUGUUUCAUUCUCAGCCAUUAGAAGUCUGCAGGCUUCCACUUGUGUUUACAUCAAUUGAGGCAAAGAUCGACCCUCUCUAUUUAUCUCUCAUGCCUCGUGAAGCUGCAUACACAUUUCCAUCGAGACUUCAAAACAUUGCCGGCGUUGAAGUGAAUCCUAAUAACCUCAGUGAGAUUCGUUGUUCACACCUGACACAGUUGGAUAAUGUGGCGAGGGAAGUUUUUUGGCAAAUUUUCCAACACAAGAUGGCUGUUGGUAAUGAGUUCCAAGCUGCCAGUGCAUCCAUUGUCACCCAUGAGCCAACCUAUUACCAGCACAGAGGUCUUGAUGGAUUUAGAGGUGCAUCUGGGAAUCAUGGAGAAGUCUCUGAACGCGAAAUGUUCAACACUGCUGACCCCAACCCCUCUUCAAAGCAAACGGAAGAUCCUGAAGAGUUUUUUAAUGCUGAAUCUAUUUCCAAUCCUCACAUGCCGACAGUUGAUGGUAAUGGUGAUAGAGAUAAACAAUUCAAUUCUCCAUCGGCGCUAAAAACAAAAGAGGGUCAAAAAGAGGACGUAGGCGAUGAGGUGAAAAGUGGCCAAGACAUCGGCGUGAUAGUUGAUAAAUACAAAUACAAGUACUUGCAGUCAUUUCAAGAAAAAGACUUAAACGAGUUGUCAAAACAAUAUAACGUAAAGUUUAAAGUCAGCCUAAAGAAAAAAGAAGAUAGUCCCAAGGUGUUCGUUGUUGCUUCAGAUUCAAAAGGUCUGCGUCAUGUACAGCAGGCGACAGAUGAAUUUAUUUCCUUUUAUCAAAAGGCCUCCUAUGAUGUUCAGCGGAAAACUAUCGAUUGCUCUACAGCACCUUCCAAAAGCGUAGACGAAGCUGUAAAGCAGACGCAGAAACUCUUCAAGAGCGACACUCUUAUCAUCAAGGAUGAUGGAUUUCCCUCAAACCGAAUCAUACUCAGACGUGGUGAUGUCGAGGAAGUUGCUCGACGUUUCCGUGAGAUUGCUGGCAUUAAGUCGAGAAGAAAGUUGCUGACCACUGCAGCAAACAGGGCAGGUAGUGAAGAUGACCUUAAGGGUAAAGCAGAACCACAGAUGACUGGUGCCCAAUUCCUUAGAAGUCCCAUUAAAAAUGAGAUGUUGACUGAACUACAACAUUUGCCGUCAGCUUCUCAACACUCACCUUUCCACGGUACUGCAAACCCCCCGGUAGACACGCGUGCUGAUCUUAUGAAGUUUGUAACCAAUGAGGGGUUGAAUAUUCUGGUUCUGGAGGGAGACAUCACAAAGCAAGACGUGCUUGCCAUUGUUAAUCCUUCUACUGUGAAUCUUCAAAAUACAGGCGGUGUGGCAAAGGCAAUAGUUCUUGCUGCUGGGCCUGAACUGGAGAGGGUGUGUUGGGAAUUCCGUCAAAAAAGGCAUUUGAAGGUGACAGAAUGUGAAACCACACCGGGAUUCAACCUUAAAUGCAGUAUCAUUCAUGCUGCAGGCCCCAUCUCAAGACACCAGAGUUUCACUUCUGAGCUAUACUUGACAUUCCUGAACUGUUUACACGAAGCAGAGAAGCAUAAGUUCUCCUCUUUAGCGAUACCCCUUGUAGGCUCAGGCUCUGCAGGUGCACAAAAGAAAGUGUGCGCUGAUGUUCUGGUUCAAGCCCUGCUUGAUUUCAGUGGCGAGCCCUCCAAACCCAAAGUUGUCAGCAUUGUCUUGUUGGUGAACAUAGACAGGGAGUCCACUGCAGAAAUUUAUCACUCCCUGCAGACAGCAUUUAAUGCUCAACAUAAGGCAGGGAUACUGAGCCGUGCCCCCACUGGACCUGGUCCGUCACACUUCGCGUCCUUAGACAUGAGAGGGCCAGGAUUGGCUUAUCAAAUGCAGGGAACACCAUUAGGAACCCAAAUUGAUUCAUGUCAAACUGAUGAGUACAACAAAGAUUGGCCCAAACCGGGCGAGUCACGUGAGCUUGGAAAGCAAGAUCAGCAAGGCAUUGGGGGAAGUGAUUCAAAAGAGGCCUAUGGAAACAGAAAACCAUCUCAGGAUGCCAGGCCUGCAGGCAAAGCAACUGGGGCCGACUCUGCUCCUGCUAGACCCUCAGAUACGAAAGUCGAUAGUUCUGCUGAUGGCAAGAACGGUGGAUGCCCUAUCUGCUUGGCAGAUGAAAUGAAAGAUGAAGUGGCGCUGAUGUGCAAGCAUCGAUUUUGUAAAGGCUGCAUUGAAGAAGCAUUCAAGAGAAGCUACAAAUGUCCUAUUUGCCAAGCAGUGUGUCGACCACCAAAAGGAAAUCAGCCACCUGGUGGAACGAUGAGACACACUACUGACCAGUACAUGCACCUCCCUGGUCACGAAAACCACGGAGUUAUAACCAUACACUACUCCAUUCCGCGUGGCACACAAUCAGCUGAUCAUCCUAACCCUGGAAGGUAUUUCACUGGCACCAGCAGAACUGCAUACUUACCUGACAACCCAGAAGGAAGGGAGGUGUUACGCCUUCUACAGAAAGCAUUUGACGCAGGACUUGUAUUCACUGUGGGACAGUCGAACACCACUGGUUUCAGUGAUACGGUGACCUGGAAUGACAUUCAUCAUAAAACCUGCCAAUCUGGCGGACCAUCCAACUUUGGCUACCCUGACCCCGGAUAUCUGAAGAGAGUAAAGGAAGAAUUGUCAGCAAAGGGUAUCGCAUGAAUCACGUGAAGUGGGCGGAUCACUUAGUUCUCUCACAGUUGCACUGCAACAUAGGGAAUAGAGUUGAAACGAUUAUGUUACAUUAUAAAGUUGUAUUAGACAGCGUCUUAAUUGUCGACAAAUACCGUAGUUUCCUCUUAGCAGUGUGAAGUUUGUAGACCGUUAUAACCGAAAGAGGCAAGAGGAAAGUGGAAGGUUUGGCUUAAGUGAAAAAAAUCGUAGAUUGACCUUAAUUAAAAAACAUUUUGGUGACCUUUUCGGAGCCGUGGAAAUUGUAACUGUUUAAAACUGUGGAAAUGGCUGUACAGGCUCGAUGCUUUGCAAUACUAAUUCAGUCUUGUGCACCAUGAUUAUUUAAGAAGUAGAAGGUAAUAAAUUACGGUACAUGCAUGUUUGAAGUUAAUGAAGAGAGAUUGACAUAUGUACUUAACUAACUUCAACCCCAGAAACUUCAGAGAAAGGUGUUAUAAAAAAGAUUUUUUUCUCCCAUAAUAUGGAGAUUUUGGUACUGUAGUUUGUAGAUGAAAAUGUACCUGUAGCCUUCUCUUUUACUGGAAAUUCCAAGUGUUCAGCUUUUUGUCUUAAGAUAACUUUGCUGUUUUAUCCGAAUCUUGUCAUAAAUAGGACAUAACAUUAAUUUUACUCCCUGCCUGGUUGGAGAGUCGGAAUUGUAUGUAUAUAGCUCCCUUGAUCCUCUCAUCAUUGUCAUCAUGUAAUGUCAGUAUCUCUAUCUCGCCUUUAAUUGGUUUAGUCUUUGAAUGUCCUUAAUUGAAUUCUAGCAAAGUCAUGCAGAGAAUUUUGUUAGCACAAUUCAUGUUAUUUGAAUAUGGAGCUAUUUUGCUAAUUAUGUUUUCACCUAUUUUCCUGUCAGAUUUGAUUUGUUAGCCGUCACCUGAUAAGGGCAUCUAUGUACAGAACUGAUACACAGGUUCCGUUUUUGGCAAAAUGUUUGACUAGUUUUACAAUACAGAACUUACUGAGUUUUCUGACUGUAGAUGAACUAUUUUGUAUCAGAUUCGCUGAAAGAAUUUAUGUACAGACAUGCAUAAUACAAGACGUCUGUUACGAUUGAUAGAUCCUUAUACAUGUAGAUAGUGAUUUCAUGAUUUCUCCCAGAAACAUUUGUGAGGGAUUGAAAAUGCAAGCAGUUUAGAAACGUUGCAACCAUCUUUGUUUGGGGAUUAGGAUUCUUUCAUAGAUAAAUAAAAAAGGAAGAAAAAAAAGCAGAGACGGUUUUUUCUGAAAAAAAAAUCGCCUUCCUCGAUUCAAGACCUGGACAAAGCAUUGUUCUGUUCUUGCGUUUUGAUUGAAUGCACAUUAUAAAUACAUGUUCAUUACACGUAUAUUAAAAAUAGAUUUUGCUUUUUUAUAGUCGGCCGUAUCCAGUGUAUCUGCUGAGCUUGUCAUGAAACUACACUAAUGUUAAUACGAUAAAAAUACAGCUACAGAGAUGGGUUCAAAGGAAAGACGGUUUCGUCAUAAAUAUAAACACUUGAUAGAAUCCUUGGAAUCGCUUUGUUAAUUUGAAAGACAUGGAAGGUUUGCCAUCCCUUUGCCUCCAAUUUGGUCCAUUCUUGUGUUUGAUUGAAUAAAAUUCUAUGUAUUGUUCAUUAACGAAUGCACUAUUCCUACAAACCCCCAAUUUAAUCAAUUGAUGUAUAAGCAAUCAUAUGCUGUAAUAAAUGAAGAGCGCUUUAUGUGUUCGUGGCUAUGCUAUACUUUCUGUAGGGUCUAAAACUUGUUUAACAGGGAGUGUAACAACCUCGACUCCUUAACUUGUCGCGAGAUGGUUUUAGUAGCGCUGAAUUUUGAGUCUCCGAGUAACCGAACUCGAAGCAAUUGUCCUUGCCCAAGUGCACGGACAAUUCAGACUUAAAAGAAGUCUUUGUUAGUAGUACGCUUUUGAAUGCGUUUGCUGCAGAAAAAUUACACUAUUUAUUUGAGCAAUAAUCGUCUAAUUUUUUUUCCAGAACAAUUCACGGUUACCCUGAUCCCUAUUGCUUGAAGCGAGUCAAGGAAGAUUUGGCGGCAAAAGGCAUCAUGUGACAGAGAUGAGGCAAAAUUCGGUGGACACAGAAUGCUUUGAAAGACAGCUACCAUGCAUCAGCAGAUUGAAGGCACUAUUGUGAAUUCACACAUUUAAUUUAACGAAUCGUAGAAUAUAAAUGUGUACAAACGAGGAAAACUUGAAUCAGUUUACUUCAUAAUAUUCAAAUGUUUACUAAGGUCAUCAGCUGAAGUUACAUCAGUUUAACAACAUCUGACAUCUUUAAUGAUGUACACGUAGCUAUAGUAGUUUAUUACAAGCAGUAAAAAAUAUGCAUAAUCGAGCUCCUCAGUAAUUGUAUGAAAAAAAGUCCAAAACAGAAGUUUGUGUCUCUUAGGUAUGAGUUAGGACAAAGGGGCACGCAACGGUCUUCAAACUGUGUUAUCAAACAUUUGAAAGUAAUUAAAAUUUGUUUGAUUCUAA